UUGCCAUGAAAAAGAGAUAAAGCUCUCAGUCUCCCACACAAACUGGCAGGAUUUAAACUUCCCCUAGAUUCUGAAUUAUACAGGAGCAUCCUGUUAAACUUUACCCCAGCUGAGGCGAGGUGCAGAGAACUGGACGAGCUGGAGGAGUAACAAGUUCCACUUUUACUCUUUUUAUUUCAUGAUCUGGGUCACUUAACCCUUUGUUUUUUCGGGCUGAGGAUGCGACUGCACAUCCUGUGUAUGACCUGGGCUUCAUCUCUCGUCUUUCUACAAGGCAGGUCUGUUCAGUGUAAAGAGAUGAAGAUACCGACGCGGUCAGUGAAGCCUCCAUCACCCUCAGACUUCCUGGACAAGCUGAUGGGUCGUACGUCUGGCUACGACGCUCGCAUCAGGCCGAACUUUAAAGGUCCUCCAGUCAACGUCACAUGCAACAUCUUCAUUAACAGCUUCGGCUCCAUCACUGAAACAACCAUGGAUUAUCGCCUUAAUGUGUUUCUGAGGCAGCAGUGGAAUGACCCCAGACUGGCCUAUAAGGAGUAUCCUGAUGACUCAUUGGACCUUGACCCCUCAAUGUUGGACUCUAUCUGGAAGCCAGACUUGUUCUUUGCCAAUGAAAAGGGAGCGAACUUCCAUGAAGUUACCACAGACAACAAGCUGCUGAGGAUAUUCCAGAAUGGCAACGUUCUCUACAGCAUCAGACUCACACUCACCCUGUCCUGCCCGAUGGACCUGAAGAACUUCCCCAUGGACAGCCAGAUAUGUAUAAUGCAGCUAGAGAGCUUUGGCUACACAAUGAAUGAUCUGAUAUUUGAGUGGCUUGAUGUGGGGGCGGUUCAGGUGGCCGAUGAUCUUGUUCUGCCUCAGUUCCUGCUGAAGGAGGAGAAGGGCCUGGGCUAUUGCACCAAACACUACAACACAGGCAAAUUCACCUGCAUCGAAGUGAAGUUCUACCUGGAGCGCCAGAUGGGUUAUUACUUGAUUCAGAUGUACAUCCCGAGCCUGCUGACAGUCAUCUUGUCCUGGGUGUCCUUCUGGAUCAAUAUGGAUGCAGCCCCGGCGAGAGUCGGCCUUGGCAUCACAACGGUUCUCACCAUGACGACACAGAGCUCGGGCUCAAGAGCAUCUUUACCAAAGGUGUCUUACGUGAAAGCGAUAGACAUCUGGAUGGCCGUUUGUCUUCUGUUCGUGUUUGCUGCACUGUUGGAGUACGCUGCCGUUAAUUUCGUUUCACGACAGCACAAGGAGUUUUUCAGACUUCGGAAGAAGCUGAAGGAGCAACAGCGUCAGAGAACCCAGGGAAGCGGUGACAGUAAGGUGAAGGGAAACAACACGUCAGGCAACAGUGCGACUCACGGGACCGUAACCCCCCAGUGCAGCGUCUGUGCCAGGGAAGAGGAGCUGGCACAGCAGGGUUUACUCAUCCAGAGUUAUGGACUUGCACUGACAGCAGGAGGCGCCCCUGAGAUGGACGCAACACCAGUGUUCGCUGACCUGCCUCCAGGUUUAGGCUACUACGAGAUACGGAAGCGCUUUGUGGACCGGGCCAAACGGAUUGACACUAUCUCUCGAGCGGUGUUCCCCAUGAGCUUCCUGAUGUUUAAUGUCCUCUACUGGCUCACCUACAAAGUCCUGCGACACGAGGAGGUCCAGUCCACUCUGUGAGCGUGCUGUGACUUCAGUUUGCUCACUGAAACAUUUACAGACUGCCGAGAGUUGCCAGCUGAGGCAGAUGUGGUGUGACUGCGAGUCCAGUGCCACAGGGAAAGUCCAAAACAUGGAGGAAGUCCAUGGGUUCUUUUGAAUAUUUAAUUCAUCUGAAGAAAUCCACUUUUGAUUUAUUCUGAUGUUUUAUACAUGACACAUCAGAGCAUGUUUGUACACUGGGCAUCUUGGCUAUCAAGUUCAGUUUUGUAAACAGCAGCGCAGUUUGUUGUUUCACACAGUUCUCGAGCUGCCUGCCACAACUUUAUCAGUAUUGUGACUGGACAACCAAGCCACAUUUGACAUGAACAGAUCAGCUAAACAUUAAAACCCAAGAAGAAUUAACAUCUGCAGCAGCUGCAUGUUGUGCUUCUCUGCGACGCCAUGAUGCAAUCCAUCGUCCAUAUGGUUAUUUUCAUUCAAAAAACAUAAAUUAUUGAUCUAUUACCACUUCCACUUGCUUAUCUUGAGACAAACUUUUCAUGUUUUUUUUUUCAUAGUUUCAUGUGAACGUCGACUUUUUAAAUGCUAUGGGUGGCUUUUUUUCUUUUGGUGAUAGUUCACUCACAAUCUUCUGCACGUUGCUGGAUAUUGUGAAAAUAUUAGUUAAUUUCUUUUCUGGCGUGCUGACUUUUGUAGCAGCCUGCCUUUUAAUGAGGUCAUACUGGGGGAUGCAGUUGAUGUCAAGUCAUGCGCAGGCUGCUCUUAUUGGAUGAGUCAUCAUCUGCUGGGUGUGACAAGUUUACCCAUCAUUUGAAAGUAACGUGCUAUUGUUGAGUUGACUGUCAAAUAUUAUUUUAAUAGGAUGCAGUAAGGUUUCACUGCUAUCAUGUUUCUGUUCUCUUUGGAUGACAGGUUUAUAGCAAUAAUACACAAAUAUAAACAACAGAUGAGAAGGAAGAACCAAGGGAGUCAACAAACCGGGUGGAAUCAGAAAACUAGGCACAGUAAGGAAAAGCACAAAGAGGUUCAGAAGCACACACUCAGGAUAGAAGAACAACAAAAAGCUCAUGCACCAGAGAAUAUAUGAGAAAAUGCCAAGGACCAAUGGAGAGGUCAAACUAAAGGGGGCCACGCACAUAACGAUAUUCAUGGAGCGCUCAGAAGGAGACGCAUCUUGGUAUAUUUAACUUGACUUGAUGAGAGCAAAACACUAUUUUUUAGUAAAGCACUGCAAUAUGCCUCUCCCGGUCUGUUCCUUCAGGUGUCCAGGCGGCAUCUGUUCCUUUCCUUUAGUUAUUAUGAUGUUUCUAUUCGGAGUUAUUCUGUUUUUUUAAAAAAGGCAUAUGAAAACCACCAUCAUGGUGCGUCUUGUGUUUUUCGGUUGUUGUGAUGCUUCCACUCGGUAUCAUCACGUAUGAUCGCAUGAGAGUUCUGGCUUCGAGGACAGGCUUCUCAGUGCUAAGAGUUGGGGAGGUGCAAUCUUUUUGUGUGUGGUGUGCUGCGAUGAGAUUAUUGGGGCGCACUACAGACUGCAUCAUUUUUUUAACUUCAUGUGCAAGGCCUCUGACAGAUGAAAAAAAAAGAUCGAUUAGAAGAUAUUGUGAAACAUGUAGCCCCCGCACACAUGUGUGACACCUCAGGCAGUUCUCUCAUAAUCGAUUCACCAGAUUGGAGAACAUGGAUCUGUUGACUGUAACAGAAUGGCCUUUUAUUUUUCUUGCUGAGUUGACUCAAAUAUUUCAAAUGCACUUUAUAAGUUGAUAGUCUGCUUUAAAUGCAUAUUAUUUUUACACGUACAUUUAUAAUAAUAAUAAUAAUAAUGAUUAUUAUUAUUUAAAUUCAUUACAGCAACUGUUUGUAAAUUCAUGUUUUCUAUGUGUUGAGGAAAAAGAUUGACCUGCAUAAAUGUGAACAUCUCUUUUUUUUAUUCCUGAAGUUGUGAACACUUUACUUUGAAAAAAAAAAACCCAAAACAUAAAAAAGCCCCAUCAGGAUGGUAACUUAAUUUUGCACUAAGCACAGCAAAGAACAUACAUCAAUUAAAAUAAUUUUAACUUAUUAGUGUCAUUCAUUUAUUUUAACUUCUUAAGAUGCAGUAUUGUUGGUAGAACGUAUUGUAUCUCUUGUUUUUAAAAGUUUGCCCUCCUACCACUAAAUGGCACUAUUUCCACAACCAGGUACAGUACUUGAAUUUUAAGAUAUGCAACUUCUGAUCGUUCCUUCUUGUUAGUCUGAUGCUUAUGAAGCACUUUUGUGUUUCCUUUUCUAUUUAUUUUUAUGGGGAAGGAACCAAGCUUCGUGCUUUUAGGGCUUCAACCCUUGAGCCACGUGUAAUGACUGAUGAUGCAGUGACUUAAUGUGGUCCUUGGUUGUGUGUUUCUGUGUUCACAUCGCUGAAGAUUUUAAUUAUUUCCAAGUCCAUUUUCAAUGGAAAAUAAACCUGGACAUGAAGCGCAGUUGUGGUGAAUAUUUUAUUUAAACGGACACAUGCAGAACAUACAGAACACAGAACUGCUCUUUGCCUGUGUGUGGGUCUGAUAUGUCUUGUGUUAUAAGAGCAUUGUGUAUUAUAUACAUAGCGGUCUGUGUAUAUAUUAUUUAUCUCAUUUUUUUCAUUUAACAUCGUUUCAAAGAAUUGGGGAAUUUUCAGAUAGUGAUGUUUUUUUACCUUUAUUUGUUUUUUACCUGUCGAUUGAUUUAAGACACACACUGUACAUGACUCCUAAAUAAACAUGAAAAACCCACACAUCGUUUGCAGAAACACACAGAGAUAAUUCUUGAAGACACCCUAAGAGAGUUUAUUUAUUUUUCUUGAAUUUUUAAUUUACAUAUAUGGCUUGUUCAGUUUCUGUUAGCAUAUUUUGUUCUUCAUAUUGAUAUUGAUAUACAAUGUUCCUAAACGAUUGCACAAGUUAAGAGAUUUAUUGCUUCAUCUGUGUAUUUCCAUUUACAUACAAUUGUUUUAUGCAAUCAUUCUGUUCUGAGUAUUUGCAAACAUUAAUUCUCAUUUUUACCUUGUUUUUAUGUUGUGUCCUUUCACUUCCUCACUUCAGUUUCAUUCUGACAUUAUUCAGCUUUUCCUAGUUAUUAUUUUUCUACGUGCCCUACACAGCAUGCCUUUUCACUCAUGACUUUAAGAUGUCCUUAAAAUGUCUAUUUCAGGUGGCGGCUUUGAUGCUAGUUUAUCAUUUAUUCAGGACCUGUCUUGGUUACAGUAGGUCAACAUUUAUAUUUUACAAGAAGCAUAAUGGAGGUAGUGAUCUUUACAGCAGCUUUACGCUGUUGUUACCUGCAAAGGUUCACUCACCUUUAUCAGUUGAUACUAACUGAACACGAUAAUGUCAUUCUGAAUGUAUAAUGGAAAUCACCUGUUAUCCUAGAAUAUCGAAUUGUCAAAGCAAAAUUUCAAAAGUAAAAAAGGGCAGUGUGCAGUGUCCAGCAGGUUGUGAGCAGAACUAUUUGCUGAUGUCAGAGGUCAGAGGAUCAGAGGUCCAGAUGACUGCAGCUGUAACUCAAAAUAUCAUGUUACUGCCAUGCCAUACUAAAUACUGUGUCCUGACUACUGACAACCUGAGAUAAAAUAUUUGUAGUUUGGUGAUGUGUAAUGAUAAAAUAAUGCUUAUUUGUAAUACAUCCUAUCACACACAUGUGUCAGUCAUGGUUUUCCUUUCAUACACCAGACGUUGAUCGCUUUAAUCCCGUCAGUCAUUGUAAUUGGCU